AGGGCGGCCCAAGGUCGGCGCUCCUCUGCCCUGCGCGGGUCUCUGCGGCUGCCCGCAGAUGGAGUACGACUGGCUGGGCUUCGGCUACGCGGCGCUGGUGGCGRCGGGCGGUGUGGUGGGCUACGCCAAGGCAGGCAGCGUCCCUUCCCUAGCUGCCGGUCUUUUGUUCGGCGGCUUAGCGGGACUAGGCGCUUACCAGCAGUCCAAAGAUCCAAAGAAUGUGUGGCUUUCCCUCGUGGCAUCUGGCACCUUGUCUACUGUUAUGGGAAUGAGAUUUUACAACUCCAAGAAGGCAAUGCCCGGGAUAAUWGCUGGUGCCAGUUUACUGAUGGUUGGACGGCUUGGAUUGCAGAUGAUGGAAAAAACCUAUUAAACCAUAAAUCUGCAUCAAGUGACUUUGAAGACACAUGAUUGAGAAGCCCAAAAAUGCAACUGCCUAAAUGUGCUGCACAGAGGUGGAAAAGGCACUGCUACCUGUGCACUGAAUUUUUCAUAUCCUAGUGCACAUGGGCAUUGUGUUUUUAAAGGACCGACAUAGAGAGCCCCUGUCAUGUCUUCCAAAAUGGUAUUUGUCUUAACAUUUUCUGCACUGAAAGCAAGCAAGAAAAUACAAGUACAACAUUAGUUUAGCUUCAGGUUCUGCCAUUUAGCACAGGCAAAGAUUUCCUGGCCCCUGCAUUCAGACAGUUGUAGGAUUGGAGCUUAAAUGUACAUCCUAACUUGUCCUUCUAAAAUCAUGUGUACCUCUAAAACCAGGGGAGAGGAGCUGCCAAUUUGUCACUAGUARUUAAUAUAAGAAAUGUGCUUAUGACAUUUUAUCUCCCUUUCCUUUGCAGUUUAUCCAUUCACAAUGUUUCUYAGUCAGGGAGUUUGUUCUCCCAGCACUGCGUGUUAGAACCUUGUCCCACAAAACAUGGUCAUGAACCUGGCUGUCGAGGCUCUGCUGUAAUACAGUAAAUUCAUACCCAUGACUUGAAAUUACUCAUAAGCAACAGUGCCCAGCUAUWUGUCAUUCAAUUCACUUUUACAGAUUGCUUCUCAUAAAUCAAAAAUAUGCUGUAUUAGGUAAUGCUGAAUUGUAGGCACAGCUUUAUUAAAAUGUUAUUUUAAAUAAACUAAGAAAAUAUUAUUGCAAACUUUUGUGUUCUA